GAAGAAUUGUUUUUGGCAGGGAUAGAGAAAAUCGGCGACGCGUGAAAAAGCCGUCAUUUUUUUUUUUUUAGCGUUUGUCUUCCAAGAAAAGAAAAAGGAAAAUUACAAAAUACUGGAGAAACGGAAUAAAAAGCGCGAGAAAGUGAGAGAAAAAGUUGCGGAAAUCUUUGAACUUGUUUUCUCAGCUGGUUCCAAACUCGCUCUUCUUCUUCUUAUUUCUCCUGAUGUGUUUUCUCUCUGCUUAGGUCUUCAUCGAGAAGAAAAAAAGAAAGAAAACCCAUUUCUCUCUCAUCAGACCAGCUUGCAACUUUUGAUGGUAAUUUGGAAAAUAUAGAUGGUCUUGCCGUGGGACUUUGCAAUUGGUCUUAAUCCUUAUGGAGUUCUUAAUCCUUAUUGAGUUAAGAUAGAUCCGGGAAAAAGCUUUGAAGAAUGGUACGAUGGAUCAACCAAGGACAAAUAAGCAGUUUCAGUACAAUCCCAUGGAACCUGGAAAUGAGGAGUUACAGUCCUCAUCUCAGACACUUAUGUCUGACACUUUUAGCAGCACACAUCCUAAUACAAGGACCCCUAAUCCAAAUGUAUCAGAAGUUAAACCUGGGCUUAAUUUCUCUAUACAGACAGGUGAGGAGUUUGCCCUUGAGUUUAUGCGUGAUCGAGUGAAUCAGUGGAAGCCUUUGCUUCCCAAUACUGUGGGUGAUCCCAACUAUGCAACAGGUUAUAUGGAACUAAAGGGUAUGUUGGGUAUCAGCCAUACAGGGUCUGAGAGCGGGUCAGAUAUUUCAAUGCUCACAAUGGCUGAGAAAGGUCCAACACAGUUUGAGCCAAAAAGCACGUCAUUGCACGAAGAUAGAAGUAUCUAUGCAUCAGUUCAAUCAGUACCACGCUCGUCCUCUGCCUAUGAGAGCAGUCGAGGGGUUAUUCAAGGCCAUGGCUCUUCUAGUGCCUCCGAUAGCUCAUCAAUGAAGAUGAAGGUUCUUUGUAGCUUUGAUGGUAAAAUUCUACCCAGGCCUAGUGAUGGGAAGCUCAGGUAUGUUGGAGGUGAAACACGAAUUGUCCGUAUAAGAAAAGACAUUUCGUGGCAGGAACUUACCCAGAAAAUUCUUUCAAUUUAUGACCAAACUCAUGUCAUUAAAUAUCAGCUACCUGGAGAGGAUCUUGAUGCCCUCGUUUCCGUCUCCUGCGAUGAGGACCUGCAGAAUAUGAUGGAAGAAUGCAAUGAACUAGAACGUAGAGAAAGCUCGCAAAAGCUUAGGAUUUUUCUGUUCUCUAUGAGUGAUUUUGAGGAUGCUCAGUUUGGCCUUAGUAGCGUGGAUGGUGAUUCUGAGGUUCAUUAUAUGGUUGCUGUCAAUGGCAUGGACCUUGGUUCAAGAAGAAGCUCAAUUUUGCGUAAUUUGGCGAACUCCUCAGCAAAUAAGUUAGAUGUGUUAGGUAGACAGAACAUUGAAAAAGAGAAAAAUAUGGCUACUGUAGGCCCAACAGAAGUGAGCAAUGCAGUGUUGACAAGCAAUAUUGUAUCAUCGUUAGUUAGCCAAUCUCUAGAACCAAUUAUACCAAGUUCCUCGAAUGCUUAUGAAAGUCAUCCUCAGUUUUUUAAUGGCCAGACGAUGCAUCAUGGAGAAAAUUUGCAAUACCCGCUGCACAAUGGCCAUGUUACUUAUAGUCAUGCCCCUUUCAUAGAUGGUUCAGUGCAGCAAGCCAGUAACCCUGAAAAGGUCUUCCCCGCGGGGAAAGAGUACUUUGUCCCUGCACAGCCAUAUGAUAUCAACUUGGUGAAUAAUUUUCCAGUUGAAGAUGCGCCAGUUACAGUUAUUGCACCAGAAGGAGGUCUGCGCACAGUGCCUUUGAAGAAUGAGAUAGGGUUCCAGGAUCCUAACACUGUUUCUCCAUCAAUUGAUUCUGCAAUGCCGCCACAGGUUCCUAAAUUCAAUGAAGAAGAUCAUUCUUCCGCAUGCGGUACUGCAUUUGCUCCUGGCUAUGUUAGGUCUGACUCUAACGUAAGCGACCAGAGUUACCCUGAGCCUCCUGUGAUUCCUCAAAGAGUUUACUAUUCAGAAAGAAUACCAAGGGAGCAGGUGGAGUUGCUGAAUAGAUCGUCAAAGUCUGAUGAUUCAUAUAGUUCUCCAUUUCUCAUAUCCCAACAGGAUCCAAGUAAGGAUGGUUUUGAAAAAAUGCGCAAAGAUGGAAACUUGGCUCCCAAGAUCGAGCAAUCCACCUCAACAUCAAAUGUGAUGUCUGCGGAUACUCAUACUGUCAAUGAUGGACUUGCCAUACUUGAGAAGGACAAAGAUUUUACUGAUUCAGUUUCUCAUGUGAACACAAAGCCUUUGCAGGUCGUAGAUAGCAUGUCAAAGCAGGCGUUACAGAAUCCUGUGGAUAAUAAAGAUGUUGCUAGAGAGGAUAGUGCUCUUAGUUCAGACCCAGAAACCGUUCCCCUAAAAAAUGACCAUAAGGAAACACCAGAUGAAAGUGUGGCAGCUACAUCUGAACUUCCAGCUGGAAGUCAGAUUACUUCUGUUGAGCACCAUGAGGAUUCUGCAUCUAAUAAGCCAGAGCGUGACUUUGAUGUGGCCACCAGUAAUGAUCCCAUUAGUGAUGACUCUGCAGUUAAUGUGCAACCUUUUCCUUGGACAGAAAGCUCCAGUAGACCUUUUCCUGAGCAGACAUCUUCAACUGGCAUUUCUGCAUCCCGGCAGGGAGACAUCCUUAUUGAUAUUGAAGAUCGAUUUCCUCGUGAUUUGCUUUCUGACAUCUUCUCCAAAGCAAUACUCUCUGAAGAUUCAACUGAUUUUGAUUUGCUGCAUAAAGAUGGGGCUGGCUUGAGUCUAAACAUGGAAAAUCACGAACCUAAGCGGUGGUCAUAUUUUCAGAAAUUGGCUCAAGAAGGGUUUGUUCAGAAAGAUGUUUCUCUUAUUGACCAGGACAUUGGUUUUUCAUCUGAACUUGGAAAAGAUGGAGAUGAUGGAUCUUAUCCUCCUUUGGGUCGACCAGCGGAUGGCAUUUCACGGGAAUGCCACGUAGAUCAACAACCACAAUUUGGUGAAACCAAUCAUAAUGAACUAGCGGGACCAACUGCGGCUGAGUCCAUUUUGCAUUCAAAAUAUGAUCAUUCCCAAUUGAAGGACACUGAGAGUACGCAGUUUGGUGUUAUGAUGGAGAACUUAAGAAUACCAGAGUCAGAAUAUGAGGAUGGGAAUUUCGAAACUAGGAGUGCUGGUCUGCCUCCUCUAGAUCCUUCCCUGGGAGAUUUGGACAUUAGUACAUUGCAGGUUAUAAAGAAUGAAGAUCUUGAAGAGCUAAAGGAAUUAGGUUCAGGUACCUUUGGGACCGUGUAUCAUGGAAAAUGGCGGGGAACAGAUGUUGCAAUUAAGAGAAUAAAGAAGAGUUGCUUUACUGGGAGAUCAUCAGAGCAAGAAAGAUUGACCAUAGAAUUCUGGCGGGAAGCUGACAUUCUCUCAAAGCUUCACCAUCCAAAUGUAGUAGCAUUUUAUGGUGUUGUGCAAGAUGGACCAGGGGGCACCUUAGCUACUGUGGCCGAGUUCAUGGUUGACGGUUCUCUAAGGCAUGUUUUACUUCGCAAAGAUAGGUAUCUUGAUCGUCGUAAGCGUCUGAUAAUUGCUAUGGAUGCAGCAUUUGGAAUGGAAUACUUGCACUCAAAGAAUAUUGUGCAUUUUGACUUGAAGUGUGACAACUUGCUCGUGAACUUAAAAGAUCCUCUACGGCCAAUUUGCAAGGUUGGUGAUUUUGGACUUUCAAAAAUUAAACGUAAUACUUUGGUUUCGGGAGGUGUUCGGGGAACAUUACCAUGGAUGGCGCCGGAGUUGCUGAAUGGCAGCAGCAACAAGGUUUCUGAAAAGGUUGAUGUGUUCUCCUUCGGUAUUGUUUUAUGGGAGAUUCUCACCGGUGAUGAGCCUUAUGCCAACAUGCAUUAUGGUGCAAUUAUAGGAGGCAUUGUGAACAAUACCUUGAGGCCAACAAUUCCGAGUCAUUGUGAUCUGGAAUGGAGAACGCUGAUGGAGCAGUGUUGGGCUCCUAAUCCUGCAGCCAGGCCAUCCUUCACGGAGAUCACAAGUCGCUUACGCAUAAUGUCUGCCGCAGCUAGCCAAACCAGAGGACAGGGUCAAAAGGCAUCUAAAUAAAUUAUGUUUUUUGGUUCCUUGCGCUGUUCUUUGAUGACUACAGCGAAAAUGGUCAUUUAUUCAUUCAAUUGUGCACAAAAGAUGGUCACUAAUAUAUAUUGUACUUGCUAGAGGGGUAAUUUAUUUCCCAAGUUGGAUCUAAAAUUGGAUUGUGUCUCUUUGUUUUGGUAACAAUUUUUAUCAGUUGCCACGUUGACAACAUUGCCAGUGGAUGUUACAGUAACUUCAAUAGAUGCAAAAGUUGCUCUUCCUAAA